AUGUCAAGUAAAAAGAAGAAGGAUAGUGGAAGUGCAAAUGGUGGAAAUAAAGAUAAAAAUGCUGUAGAUAUUAGGUCGUUCUUUGCAAAGGUUACUCCUACAAAUGAUGAUGACGAUUUUAAAGAUCCAAUACCCAGUAACAGCAGUUUAAAGAAGUCAACUAAUAGCAAUGUAUUAAAAGAGAAAUCAACAACUACAGAUUCACCAUCAAAGAGUCCAAGUAAAGAUAGAUCAACAUCAUCAUCAUCAUCUAAGUCACCAUCUAAAUCAUCAUCAUCCAACAGAGAUCAUCACCAUAGAGAUAAAGAAAGUAGUAAGAGUAAGAGAAAUAGUAACUCAUCAUCAUCAAGCUCUUCUUCAUCAUCGAUUUUGACAAAGAGAAAGUAUAUAGCGGAUGAUCCUGAUAGUGAUAAAGAGAAUAUAGAGGAAUUCGAUGACAAUAACAUCGUAUCUAGUAGUAAUAGUAGUGGUAGCAGUAGUGGUAAAAGUCAUAAACAAGAAAUAAAGAAAGCUAAAUCAACAUCUUCAUCAUCAUCUUCAAAGAGAUUAAGUAAUAAUAAUAAUAAUAAUAAUAAUGAUAGUAAUUCAAAGUCACCUUCAAAAGACAAGGAAUCAUCAUCAACAUCAACAUCGUCAGUGUCAUCGGUUAAGUCUGAGAGAGAUUCUAUAUUCGAUGAUGAUGAUGAUGAUGAUUUCAUACCACAAAAGAGAAAACCAAUUACAUCCAACAUUUUCGACGAAGACGAUAUAUUCAUGGAUGAAUCUGAAGAUAAUAACACUAAAUUAAACAAAGAGAAAGAAAAAGAGAGAGAGAAAGAGAAAGAGAAAGAGAAGGAAAAGCAAAGAGAGAAAGAAAAAGAGAAAGAGAAAGAAAGAGUAAAGCAGUCAACACCAACAAAAAGUGAGAAACCAACACUUCCAUUUGAAAGUAUUACUGCUGCUGUUGAUGAAUCUAGAAGUAGUAGAAAUAGUAAUAGCAGUAAUAGUAAUAGUAAUGGUAGACAUUCAACAAAGACAUCAUCCAAGUUCAAUCCUGAUCUCUUCUUGUCUGGUGAUGAUAACGAGGAAGUGGGUACAGAGACAGAUAUGAAGAGACCACUACCACCAACAACACCAACGACAUCAUCACCCAAACCAAAUAAGAAUUACAACUCUAACUAUAACUCACCUGCCAAGAGUCCAAUUAAGAAAGAGUUGGAACAACUACGAUCACCUUCACAAGAGGAUAAAGGUGUCUAUCAUCUCUUUAGUAGAUUCGAACCGUUAGACACAAAGAAAUCAUCCUCACCUUCUUCUUCUUCUUCUUCCUCUAAAGAUCAAAAGAAAAAGACAACAACAACAACUAGUAGAUCAUCCACUUCUUCAUCUUCUUCGCCAUCAAGCAGGAAACCAACUUUAAUCUUUAACGAAGAAAAGAAGGUGAAACAAGGAGUAGUGGAAGAAGACAGUCAAUCUACAAGUGAAGAGGAUAAUGUAGCUCUUAAGAAACCUAAGAGUAAUCUAGUGAGGAAUAGCUCUAAUUUGAUGGAGGAUGAUGAUGAUGAACUGACGGAGGAAGAGGAAGUUACUAAGCCUGCUAAGAAGACUGCUGCCGCUGCUACAAAGUCGCCGUCUUCAAAGAAAGCUCCUGCCAAGUCAACAAGCAAAGCCGGUGCGAGAUCAAAGAAAUCCGAUAUCAAAGCGGAUGGUCCUGCCAAGAAGAAGGUGGAAGCCAAGGGUAACACCGUCGACGACAAUAAGACACCGGAGCAACUUGCAGACGAAGCACAAAAGAAAGCGAGAAAACGUCAGUUCCUGAUGAAUAUGAAAUGUGGUGGACAGUCAGCACCACCACCUCUCAAUCGUGGAUGCAAACCUAUUCCCGUCGGAACACCGUCUUGUUUGAAGCGAAAGAACUACCUGAUCAGUGGUGCUCUAGAGAGUUUCGAGCGUGAUGAGCUGAAAGAUAUCAUCGAGCGACAUGGAGGUGUCGUCGUAACAACCGUCACCAAGAAACUAAACUUCUUUGUCGAGGGUUUCGAAGCUGGUGUUUCCAAACUUGAGAAAGUCAAGAAAUAUGGUAUUCCAAUCAUCACAGAGGAUGACGUUCUCGAUCGAAUCAAUAAGAGUAUGGAGAAGUAUGAAAAGACUCAUCCAACUGCUGUCGUUGCUGCAAAGGAGGAAGAGGAAGCGGAAGAAGAGAAUAUCGAUAACAAGGAGGAAAGUGCACAUGAGGAAGAGGAGAAGGAAGAGGAGGAAUCAGAACCACAACUACCAGAUACAUCUGUUAAGCAAGAAGUAAAGGAUGUGAUAAUGGAUGAUACGGCUGAAGAUGAGCAGAUUGAAACAUCCGAACCUGAAAUGGAAGUGGCCAAAGUAAAGACAGUUCAAUCUCCAAAGAUUAAAGUGAAAGAAGAGAAAGCAGAGGAAGAUUCUCUACCAAAACCACUACCAACAGGUAAAUCACCAAAGAAGGAGACAGAAGAUGUUGAAAUGAAAGAUCAAACAGCUGUUCAAACAUCACCAAUUUUCAAGGUGAAAGAUGAGCCGAGUGACUCUCAACCAUCGUCUCAGCCAUCCUCUCAACCAUCUUCACAGUCAUCACAAACAACUGUUUUGUCAUCUCAGGAUUUGAAGUCGAAGCUCAAGUUGACACUUCUCAAACCGAUGCCAAACAAUAACAAUUCGUUUAAACCUGCAUCGAGCAUGUUAAAACCAUUGCCACUCAAGAUGGCAACACCUCCCAACUUUAGUAGACCGAUCAACACUGCUGCCGCUCAAAACCUUGCCUACCAACAGGUGAAGGAUGAGAUGGAGAAUGUCGAUGUUUCGUCGUCAAUCAAGAAGAUCCCGGUUGGAAACGAUAAACUCUGGGUUGAUAAGUACAAACCAGUCGUGUCCAACGAUUUGAUUGGUAACAAGUCGGUGAUCCACGGUUUUGCUGACUGGCUGGGUAAGUGGAAGAAACAUCUGGCACUUCCAUUACUACCGCCAUUGACACCAAAGGUCGAAGAAGACGAUGACGAUAACAAGAAGCAAAAGAAGAAGUCGGCCAAACAGACAAAGGAAGAGAAGGAAGAGUUGAGUCGAUUGCCAAAGAUUAAAUUCCUACGAGCUGCACUACUGUCAGGACCACCUGGAAUCGGUAAGACAUCGGCAGCCGUAAUGAUCUGUAAGGAAAUGGGAUUCGAACCCGUUGAAUACAAUGCCAGUGACACAAGAAGUAAAUCUCAGAUCGAGAAACUACUCUCUGGUGUCUCUGAUAAUCAUUUCAUAACUGAAUUUGUUCAAAAUAAAAAAGUACAACCAAAGAAGGUUGCAAUUAUUAUGGAUGAAAUCGAUGGAUCCUCUGGUAACGCCGACAGAGGUGGAGUAUCAGUGGUCUUGCAAAUGAUAAAAUCCACUAGAAUUCCAAUUAUUUGCAUAUGUAAUGAUUAUUAUGAUAAGAAACUAUCCACCCUAAAGAAUUAUUGUUUGGAUCUUAAAUUUAAAAAGCCAACUCCAGCUGAGGUGAGCGAUAGAUUACUUCAGAUUGCCAAGCACGAGAAUAUGGUAAUGAAUAGAUAUAUGGUGGAACAAGUAUUCCAAGGUAGUAAUUGUGAUAUUAGACAAGCAAUUACCUCGAUGCAAAUGUUGAGUAGAGCCAAAGUAAAAGCCACUCAUAAUAAUAUUCAACAAACAAUUUCUAAAUCAUUAAAAGAUAUUGAUUUGGGACCUUUUACAUCUGCUCAGAAGUUACUACAAUGCGAUAGCAGUCAAUCCAUUGAUACCAAACUUGAUUACUAUUUUUCGGACUUCUCAUUGGUACCACUUUUAGUUCAAGAAAACUAUUUGUUCAAUGAUCCAACAAGAAGUAAUCCACAUCUUAAGAAAUUCUCUGAAUUGGAGUUAUUCUCGAUGGCUGCAGACUCUAUCAGUGAAGGUGAUAUUCUCAACAAGAAUAUGUUUGAACAUUUCAACCUUUUACCUGCCUAUGGUAUUGUAUCAACUGUCAUUCCAGCAACUUUAAUAUCUGGUAAAUCAAGAAUGUUCCCAACAUUCCCAUCAUUCUUUGGUAAAUAUUCAAAUGCCAAUAAGCAACAGAGAUUCGUUAAGGAAUUGCAGCUGCAUACAAGAGCAUCCGAUGCAACUUUACAAGCCAAUCUUAAGGAAACUAGAAUGUAUUACGCACCGAUGUUCAAACACUAUUUGAUUCAACCACUGGCCAAGAAAGGCAAGGAUGCCAUCGAUUAUGUUUUCGAUUUCAUGGAUGCCUAUGGUAUGACUUUGGAGGAUCGUAACAACAUCUUUGAACUAACGACCUGGGGUAAGGAAGACGAUCCAACCAAGGUCAUCGAAACUGCGGUCAAAGGUCAGUUCACCAAGAAGUGGAAUAAGAGUGUUCAUGCAACCUAUGACUUUACUGCACUCGUAAAGAAGGGAGCCAAAGCCAAAGUAUUGAAAGCUGACGGUGAAGAGGAUUCAACCGAUUCCGAAGACGAAGAAGAAGCGGAAGAAGUUGAUCUUUUCAAAACAAGUACAAUAACAACCAAAAAGGCAACAACAACAACAAAGAAAUAA